CCACCACGCCGUCUUCGCAACCGCACACCCCCAACACGCCGAAAACGCCGCAUACCCCCAUCAAGAAGUCCAACUGGGAGGUCAUCGAGCACUUCACCGGCGCGCCGCGACCCUCCAUCAUCACGAUGGCUAGAGGGUCGGAGGUCGGGAUUGGACCAGCGAGUGGAAGAGAGACCAUGGUGGAAGCCGCGACGAACGCGUGGAUCACGCAGAGUACGCGGAAGUGCGCUCUGAGCAGGUUUUUAAGUUCGUUGUACGCCUCGCAUCGCUUCAAGAAUUUGCAGGUGGAAAUGCUCUACCAGCGUUACUUCCUGCGCAUGAAUCAGAGCAACAUGACGCACGUGCUCGGUUUAUUAGCCGGCCUGGUGCUUGCGUUGGGCCUACUGCUUGUUCUCAAGCUGAAGCUGAUCGACAAUCAGCCGUUUUCCACGCAGCUGCAUAAAUCGGAGAAUCUCUGUCUGGCGAUCACUUUGGUCGGCUGCAUCGUGGUUUACGCAGUUCUGGUGGCGGCCAUCUCCAGACCAGGCAUGAACGAGAUAUGGCUGGCAGGGAUCAGCGGUGCGGUGCUGGUCACCCUGUUGGCCCUACAGGUGACUUUGAGCGUUCACCUGGCCUACUUGCAUGGCGAUCCGCACCUUAGAUCGAAGGAGCUUUCUCAGACCGGAGGACCCCUUGCCGCCGCCUUGGCGGUUUGCUUCUUCAUCUACAUGGCCUACGCACUCUUGCCUAUCAGACUGCGGCACGCCUGCAUCGCCGGAGUCGUCUUUUCAGUGGCUCACCUCGUCGGAGCCUUUUUGCUCUACCCGCAGGAUUACCCGGCGAUGAUGAAGCACCUGUUGAGUUCGAUUGUGGUGGUUGGCGGGACGAACGUGGCCGGCGCACUGACGCAUCACCCACGGGAAUUGGCGCAAAGACAAGCGUUCCUCGAAACCCGACAAUGUGUCGAGGCGCGUCUCACCACGCAGCGAGAGAAUCAGCAACAGGAGAGACUGCUGCUUAGCGUGCUGCCGAGACACGUCGCCAUGGAAAUGAAAGCCGACAUCGCCGGAAAGCCGAAGGACACGAUGUUCCACAAGAUUUAUAUUCAGAGACACGAGAACGUCAGCAUUCUAUUCGCCGACAUUUGCGGAUUCACCUCGCUCUCCGAUCAAUGCACUGCCGAAGAACUCGUCAGAUUGCUCAACGAACUUUUUGCACGGUUUGACAGGCUAGCCGCUGAGCACCACUGCCUCAGGAUAAAGCUCCUCGGAGACUGCUAUUAUUGUGUUUCCGGACUUCCGGAUCCGCGGCCUGAUCACGCUUACUGUUGCGUAGAGAUGGGACUGGACAUGAUCGACGCGAUAACAUUGGUUCGCGAGGUAAUGGCCGUAAACGUGAAUAUGAGAGUAGGCAUUCAUACGGGCCGUGUUCACUGCGGGGUUCUGGGACUGAGGAAAUGGCAAUUCGAUGUUUGGAGUAACGACGUGACCCUAGCCAAUUACAUGGAGAGCGGAGGGAUACCCGGACGCGUGCACAUCACGAAAGAAACCUUAGACUGCCUGGGCGGAUAUUACGAGGUCGAGGAGGGCCGCGGGGGUGAGAGGAACGCGUAUCUAAAGGACCAUAAUAUCGGAACCUAUCUAAUUGUCCCGGGAGACACCUUCAAGGAUAACAUAACUACUUCCGGGAUGCGGAAGGGCUUCCCGGCGAAUGGAAACGUGUCCAAAGAGAUGAGAGUCAUGGGUCACGGCUCGCAACAUGGAAAGCAGACCAGCAGAUUAGGUUUUGGCGAGAGUACUGAAGGCGAAAAGGAUCCCGAAGACGAGGUAAACGAGUACCUGAUGCGAGCGAUCGACGCUAGAAGCAUAGAUCAAUUGCGAGCGGAGCAUUGUACGCCCUUUAUAUUGACGUUUCGAAGACCGGAUGUCGAAGAAAAGUAUUCGCGCGAGAGGGACAGGAUGCUCUCGGCUUACUUCGUGUGUUCCGGUUUCGUCUACAUGGUCGUUGUGGUUGCGACUGCCAUCACCGGCCUCGCCGGAAGCGAAUACUUCUACGUCUGCACUGCAAUUAGCAUACUAGUGAUAGUCCUGGUGAAUGUAGUCUUGUCAGCGGAGAAGAACGAGAGGGUACCGGCGUGGGUGAGAAACGCAUCCCUGCAGAUCUUUGAGAAUCGCUCAGUCGCGCGAAGUGUCGCGUCCAUCGUCGUGUUCCUGACGUUCCUCACGGUGCUGUCGCCGCUGAUCACGCUAGACGGAAGCGACGCUUGCGCCGCGGAAUGGCUGGAUAAUUCUACCGUGAAAAGGAAUAUCGCCUCGAGGCCCGAGGAAUACCGUGUCUGUCACUACAGCCUGUUCUGCGAUCUGUUUCCGGUUCUGGUGGUGCUGGUGAUGGUGACCUGCGCGGUGUACCAGAUCCUAACGUCGGUCUUUAAAGUGGCCGUAUUGAGCAUCAUUGUGGCUUGUUAUCUCGGGGUCAGCAUUUACCAGGCGCUAAAUGAGAACCACGUCGAGUCCAUUGAAAGAUGGCUGGCGGGCGUUCUGGUUGUCUUCUUCAUGGCCUGCCUGGUGGCACACUCUCAGCACACAGAGGCGACCUACAGAUUAGACUUCCUGUGGAAGCUGCAAGCGACCGAGGAGAAGGAGGAAAUGGAACAUUUGAAGGCCUACAACCAGAAAUUGCUCGCAAAUAUACUCCCGGAGCACGUGGCUGCCCACUUCCUAUCUACUGUCAAUUCGGACGAGUUGUACCACGAACAAUGCGACUUUGUGUGCAUAAUGUUCGCAUCGAUCCCCAACUUUUCCGAGUUCUACGUUGAACUCGAGGCGAACAACGAGGGCGUGGAAUGCCUCAGGCUCCUCAACGAGAUCAUCGCUGACUUCGACGAUUUACUCGCCGAGGAGCAGUUCAAGUACAUCGAGAAGAUCAAGAGCACAGGUUCCACGUACAUGGCUGCAUCGGGCUUAACGAAAAGCACCUGCGAUAUGCGGGAUUUCAAGCAUGUAGUCGCCAUGGCGGAUUACGCCCUGAGGAUUCGCGAACAGCUGGCCUAUGUCAAUGAACACAGCUUUAAUAACUUCCGCAUGCGUGUGGGCAUCAACAUUGGACCGGUGGUCGCCGGCGUGAUCGGCGCCAGAAAGCCGCAGUAUGACAUCUGGGGCAAUGCUGUGAACGUGGCAUCCAGAAUGGACUCCACGGGCGUACUGGACGGGAUUCAAGUCACCCAGGAGGUGCGCGAUAUACUGGUCGCUAAAGGAUAUCCGCUCACCUGCCGCGGGGCGAUUCAGGUCAAAGGGAAGGGCAGUAUGAUAACUUACUUCCUGGACGGCCCGAGGGACGUCGCCAAGUCCAAUCCGGACACCACCAAGACGAAUUCUAACAACAACACCGACCUUACGGAGAAAACGGUCGCCAACAACAGCAACGGCGCCGUGUGAUCGGUACUGUCGAUGUAUUGAUAAUUGAGUGAUUAACACGUUGACUGCCAUGAUCGGUGAUUGUACUUUCUAAAGUACAAUCAAUGUAUUCUUCACUAUAAUAGAAAUGCUAUAUUUAUAGCUAAUGGUUCAAUUUUGCAAAAUUUCACUGAAAGGAUCAGUUGCUAGCAGCGACUGUUGCUAUUAUUGAUGUAGUUUGCAAACACAGACAGUGUCAUUGCAUGCAAAUUGUCGUUAAUUCCGUCGUCAGAAACGCAGAAAGUUAAAUUUGACACAGUCUAUAAGUAUUAAUUUGUGCACUACAGAUUUUGUAGUGGAAUCUUACUUGCACCGCUCAAAAUCAAUGAGAUAAAGGAUGGAGUAGUAAAGUGAGAAUGUUUCCAUCGAAAAUCAGUGAAUAUUCACAGAUUAUCAAUACUCCUUUCACUGAUUCAAUCAGGAACAUUGUUAUGGAAUGUUCCAAAGUUUAAUUAAAGUUUGAAUAACCCAAGUUACACAUACUAUAUCUCUUGAUACAUAUAUUGGCGAAUUAAUUUUCUUAGUUCCCUAUCGACCACAAUAUUCAAUUUGUUAGAUGCUAUUAGUCAAACUUGGCGUGUCAAUUAAUGAAGUCAUAGCGUCGAUCACAGGUGACUCUCAUGGCAGUCAAAGCGUUGAGAUCGAAACUUUGUUCUUAGACAAACUCUCACACUUCCCCUCUCAAACACCAACAAGUGUUUCGUUAUUGAGGUACAUUAUUGAGGUAAACAACGAGAUAAUAAUAAUAAUAUUUAACAACAGUAUUGCCGACGUCAGUUUUCAAAAUAUUGAGAACAUCAACAUUGACCGAUUUGUCGAGGAGGAAAAAGUGCUCGGCGUUAUCUCGCAGUUUCGAAGACAUUCACCCUCCCUAUCCUCGCGAUCGCGAUUUACUGAAUACAUAUGAUGCAUGUUUGAUGCAAUUGCAAUAUGGCAUGAUAAUCGACCGCAUAAUCCGGCGAUAAAUUCAAAUUCGCGUAGGGAGAAGGAACGCAAAAGGGGGUUAUUAUCUUGGGCGGAUAACAACUUGGGUGGGUAAUACACGAGCGCGGAUGUCUAUCUGAAAUAUUCCGCAAAUUGCUGCCGAAGUAUUCUAGUGUUAUAUUUCACCACGCGCCUUAUAAUGUCUAUUUUUUCGCCGUACUUCGUAUUUUUAAUAUACAGCCUAAAGGUUUGCUUUUGUUUGGUCCGCUUGACGUGGAGUCCGAUGUUAUGAAAAAAGAUUGCAACGGCAUCGAUCUCUCGAAUGUCCGACUCGAAUCGACGCUAUACUGCACGUGCUGUUGCACUAUAUUUUUCUAAGCGCGAAAUUGCUAUUACGUCAGACCACAUCGAUGAAUUCGCCACGAGAUUGGAGUGUUUCCACAGCUAGCAGCCGUUGAGGGUACUUUGCUUUGUUCUACUUAACGCGCACUCCGUGGAGUCCGGUGUUAUGGAAAAGAUUACAACAGCAUCGAUCUCUCGAACGUCCGACUCGAGUCGACGCUAUUGCACGCGCUGUCGCGCUAUAUUUUUCUAAGCACGAAAUUGCCAUUACGUCAGACUACGUCGAUGAAUUUGCUACGAGAUUGAAGUGUUUCCAUAGCUGGACGCCGUUACGUAACACUCUGAACCGCGCGCAGUUGCAGGUAAAUAUACACGUAUCGGCGGCGUCGACACGUGCACAAUCAGUUGCACAACGUACGCGACGGAUAUUUAUUGCGCGUGAACAGAUCUCGUUAUUGCGAAAAACGUCCACUUUGCCCAACGAAAUGCACCGAAUAUGGACGACGCGCGAAAAUUUUGUCCCGCGUAAUGUAACGCGCGUGAAAAGGCGUACACGAACCGAUCAAUUAAAUUAAUCAAACGCUGAUGUAACACCCAAUCGGAAAAUUGAGCGCAACGGUGAUUACGGAUUGAACAGUUAAAGAUAUAUGUAUUUAAUGCACGGCUAUACGAUAAUGGAAAUAUUUACAAUUUUACCAUACGCAAAAUGGAAUACGAGUCUCGGCCGUUUCGUUACUUCAGAAUAUGUGUUAGUCGACAUUUUGAUUCUAUAUUGAACCUGCAACUCCGUCGAGCUUGAGAGAACAACGGAGAAUCUCGAGAUGUGACACAAACUAUUGUCUCGCUUUGAUGAUACAAAUGAUUAUUACCGUAUUCUCUGUGUUUAUGUCUUAAUGAAAGGUCUUCAGGAUUCUGUAUUUUACAGACAGAUCUCAGAAUUGUUUAAGUUGACUUCGAGCGCGUAAUUAAGAUAAAAGUAAGUAAAAAAUGUUACCUACUUAUAGUUAAUCUCAAAGUCUUAGUUUUCACAAAGAUUUUGUGUUGCAAUUUUUAUUACAAUAUUUUCUCGGUGCAGAGAAUACGAAUGAAGCCAUUCCUCGUGCCAUUACCACAGUUAAUUACCGUGUUAUUUAUCAUGAAACCUCAAAAUCGUGACUAAACAUAACGUUGUACCCCAAGUUGUAUUACACAAGUUGUAUUUGUAGGGCAUCAGAAAGUUUUAUUUUAAUUCUAAUCGAUGUUGACAGGUAGGAAUGCUCCAACAAUUCGUGACGGACAACGCGCCAGAAAAAGUAUCAAUUAAUUCCUGCGCCACUUAAGACUUCUUCCAUGCGUAUUCGACCCCAGAAAUGUGUGUGCGUGUGCGUGCGCGCGCACGCGGAUGUGUGUGUAUGUGUGUGAGUGGCCUAGAGAUUAGCUUCUGCCAUGUAAUUUCCAAGGCGCGUGGACGCAAAUUGGAGUUGUCGAGUGCCGUUCCUAAACGGUCAAUCGACCUCUAACGAACGAAAUGAUUGCGCUGUUAGUUUUUAAGUCACCCGGCAAACGAAGCGUGAGAGCCAUUCGCAAGAGUAAUAUCGGCACAUUCGGCGCGGAUUCGAUUUCUCGCGCGAAUUUCUACGUUUCCCGUGUUUGAUCGCGUGCCAAUUGCUAAAUCCGGCGGUCCAAAGAAACGUACGACUGCGAAGAUCGAACUAUCGAACAGUCAACAGAGUGAAAGGUAAACGCGAAAUGCCUAAAUCCGAAAACUUCUCGCGAGCCUUCAUGUUCGCGAUAAGAGAUUUUGCAGUUAUCUCAAACGACUGCAAUAAAUUUCUUUCUAAGUCGCACAAAGAUAUUAUAGGUUGAUUAAUUUUUAUAAAUUUGAAAUAGCGCGUGAGGAACGUAGGAUUCGUUAAGAAGUUUAUUCACUUACAUUAAAAUGCCUAAAAUUAUACACAAUUUUAACGUAACAUUCGUCGCAAUACAAAUACAUUCAUAGUUAAAGUUCCAUGCGAUUUGUCUGCACCGUUUCGGAGAAAUUUAAUACUGAAUGUCGCAAUUUUGCAUACAUAAUUUCAUGGUAGAAGCAAUACAGAUGUUCAUUAUUCCUGUGUAACUUCGUAAAAAGUGAUACCAUCCAAAUGAAGAAAAGUAACCGUUAUAAGUGUUACGUACGCUGAGAAAAAAGUACUUGGAAAUUGUUGGAUAUGAAUUUUAUCUCACAUAAAGAAAUAAAUCUUAUAUUCCAUAAGUAAAUUUUCAAGUAGGUUUCCUCAGUGUAUUAGGAAAUGUGACAUGAAAGAAUAGUAUUCAUUAUAUCGUUUUUAUGUAAUGUUCGAUUAUAGGACAGAAAAAUUCGGUUUUAAUAGAGGUACAUUGAGUGAAAUAUGACAAAGUGGUAUCGUAAAAUUAGUUUCAAAUUAACACCUAUUGUUUACAUAGUAAAAUUAAUACAUAAAAAUGUAAUUUUGUCCGAUAAACAGUGAAUUUAUGAGUAGAUCUUCGUUGAUGCGCCACUGAUCCCAAUAUGAGAAAAAAUACUUGAAAAUUUAUUUAUGAAAUAUAAAGUUUAUUUCUGUGAAGUGAAGUUCUGGGAAAUAAAAUUUAUUUCUGUGUGAAUAUAAAAUUUACAUACCACAAAUAAGUUUUCAAGCAUCUUUUUCUCAGUAUAUCUGAGUCAGUGAAUAAACUCCUUAAGGCGAAGGAAAUUUAAUAGCAUUUCAAAAUUAAGAGUAGAAACGUGACAGAAUUAUUUUCUCUUUUUUCGUUAUGAACUGCAAGGGGGUAGUUAGCCGUAAUAUACGUUUCAAACGGAGAUCGUCCGAUGUAAUUUCACGGUAAAUCCACAUGCGCUUUGAUUACAGCUGCUUAGCAGCUGCAACUGUCUAGCAAAUCCUAGUUGAAUCCGCACUGAAAUGCCGGACGUUACGGAGAAUGCUGGGAGAGACAACUCACCCUCCCACACAUUCGUCGUACUUAAGCUGUUCUUGAACAAUGCGUACAAUAUGUAUGUAAUUGUGCGCUAAAGCUCUUUAGUUUUACUAAUUGGAUGAAAUUAACGGAAAGUCCCGCGAUAAUCAUCUCUCCGGUGAUCGGUGCUCGAACGGAAGACACGUCGCCAGAAAAAUAUGUCGGCGCUCGUCUGAAACAUUUUUUUUCGAGGAUGAGCAUCCAAACAGUCGAGUAAGGUAUCGCACAGCGACGAGGGUUAUCGAUUUGCGUAUAAGCUCAACAGAAUGACGCACAAUAUCUUAUCGUUUGACAUCCUUAAUACAUUUUCAAUAUUUUAAGCAAAUACACUUUUUACGACGUUGCUUUUGUGAUACGAUCUUCAGGAUCUAGGAAAUGACCUUAAGUAAGAUUUAUUCGUGACAAUAAGAAUAUCGGUUGCAUGUAUCCUCGGGAGCAGGAACACGCGUAUCUGAAUGCACACGGCGAGAAUAUUAUAGUUUCUCUUCAUAUAAAUUUCUUUCAAUUUUAUGUUCUUAGUAACCCAGGAAUAGUCUACCUUGCUGAGCGACAAAAUGAAUUUCGCUAGAAACAUAACAAGUGUCUUAAUAGCGCCCUUUAGUUCCUAAAAUAUAAGUGGCACGUAUGAAAUGAAGGGAUGUAGUGAAUUGCUGCAGAAUGUCAAUCUAUUCCUUAGUUACGAACUCCUAAUUUUUACUAUAAAAUUCUCUCCGUUCAUGCUUGCGCAUUUAGUGUGUCGAGAGAAGAUUUUAUUCACAGAUUCGGGGAGAUAAUAUAUUUACGAGUUCCGCGAAUAAUUUACGACUCGAUAUAUUCUAAAGAACAAAAGGAAGACCGCAAGAGCUUUUUCGUUACGGCCGUAAUUAAACGUACAAGUACAAACUAAGACUCUUCCUCGUUUAGCGUGUUGUUGGCUCGAGCUUUUUUUGUCCGCAUUGUGUGACGUGUAUACAGCAGCUCGACCGACUCUGUCUCCAACAAUUUCCCGAUUAAUCGUACAAUUAAUCUUUCUCGCGACGUGUCCGGCGAGUCGGGCGUUUCUACAUUAUUCUAGUCAAUACGAAGGGAGUCCGCGAAGCGGGUAAAUGCAGUCGGCAACAAAUCGAACAUUAAGCUUCAUACAACGAAACUGUGGACAAACGAACCUCAUCGUACGCGUAGGCAGUUCGCUUUAACAAGAAGGGGACCACGGCGAGCUAAUAACCGUACGCUAGAUUCGACAAUUGAACAAUACAGCCGCCUCUAAGGGUAUUAUCGUUUUAAAUAUUUUGCACACACUGAGAAAAAUUAUCAUAUGAAAUUAUCAUCGAACAGGCAUUCACGAUCGAAAGCUGACCAAAUUUUAUAUCCGACGAGAAAUAUAUCGGUUCUCAAUGUUUUUAUCGGUAUAUAUGAUGAAUUAUAUGAUCGAAGGUGUCCGAUCAAAUUUAAUCGGGUAUUUUGAGUUGAUCGAAAUUUGAUCGGAAGCCGUUUGAUGAUUCUUUAUCGGAUAAUUUCUCCCGCGCCGGCUCCUCGUAAAAUCGUGCUAGUCCUUCCCUCUAAUAGAUAAUAGGAUUUUCGUUAUAGUAAACUACGAAAUGGCGUACACGCGUAUUAUGUAAAGUGAGAUUUUUUAUUUCUUAAGUAGAUAAGAGCUUUCAACGACGGUCCUUCGCCCGUGCGUAACUAGGGAAUUUUAUUUUGACUUCAGGAUUUUGAAGGACCUAACGGAAAGGCAAAUUCGCGCGAUUGAAAGAGCAAAUCGGUCGAAUGUAGGAAAAAGCCGCCAAGUAUCGGACGAACGAUUUUCCGCAUUAGUCGACUUCCCGGCCGGGGCAGAGUUUUUAACGAAAUUGACGAAAAUGACGUUAUCGAGCAUUCGACGCGUGUGAUUUCAUGAAAACGCCGCGACGCGAUUUUAUGAAUGCAGUAUCGAACGAAGAUGAGGUAUUCGACGUUGGCGUGAUGCAAAAAUCUCAACGUGAUAAAAACGAACGAAGGAACAGAGCGAGCGCGCGACAAACAAAUUGUUUUGUCGACGGUGAACUUUUGGUCCUUUGGCGGGAGAAGAAGGAGGAGGAAAAACGUGCGCGCUUUGAUCGGCGAACACGACAAAGCGGCUGAUGCAAACGUGGAAAAAGAUAUAUUUGCGUCAAACUGAGGUCAAAUAAAAGCGAAUGAAAGAGCACUGCAUUUGCGUUUCGAUGCUUCUGGGACACUCGGAAACGAAUUUUCGACUUUAUUCGUGUCGGAGCCGCAACAAAUGGCGCGAAAUGCGCCCAUCUAGAAUCCGUAGCGUCGAUGAACGAGCUCGUUACAGUGACGUCGAGAUUAAUUCAUCUACGAGGAGGAUGCGUGGAAACGAUCGAUCGUCCGAGUGCUGGGCGCGAUGCGGAUUCGACAAAAACGUCCUGCAGCAUUCGAUGUUAAGUAAGCUAAGGUGUACUCGCAGGCAUGUGUAAAUAUGUAUGUAUAUGGGACGCUUGAGAGCAUAUGUACAAAUUUGGCCAAAGUGUAUAGAUGUUAAUUAACGUUGGUGUGUAUCUAUCGGCAGCGGCGUGAGUUCUCGAUCCUCUCGAUCACAAAGUAUACAUAUCGAUCUUUCGUGCGUCAUGCGAUCUUUUAUCAGAAGAUAAGCGAAGGAAGAAUUAUAUUUGUUAUAGAGCGAAAGGAAGACAGAGAGAGUACAGUAGGGCACGUAAAGAAUAUUUUGACAAGUCUAAUUGAUGAACUUAAUGAAACAGAUGUGCGCGCGUGUAUGUGUGUGUGUGUAUCGUAUUGUGUAAUUUGCAGAGAAAAAUUUCAGUUCGUGUAGUUACACAGAGACCAGAUAAAAAACUCACUAACGAGAAUUAAUGGCUUGAUCUAUAAGUUUGCGCGGAUUUUUAAACUAAAUUGAAAUGCAUUUUAUUCUUGUUUUAAUCUUAAUUAAUAAUAUAUCCAUCAUUCUGUUCGACAAUUUUUUUCCAUCUUUUUCACGUAAUUUUAUAAUUUCUGUCUAGAAACUCUAUUAUCUUUCUUCUUUUUUUCUGACAAGAAAACGUUCCAAGUGAAUCUUCUUCAAUAUUCUAAAGAAGCGAAUUUAUGCCGUCAAGGGAAUUCUGUAGUGAGACAGAUGAUAAUCGGAGGCGGCAAUGUUAUACGAUGGCUGAGGUAAAACAUCUCCCAAAUAAAUUCUAACAAUUUUUAUAGAAAUGAAAAAGCAUAAUGCACCGGAAAAACUCAUUACUGUCUUCCACUUUCAAGCCGCCACAAAGACAACAGUAUUUCCAUUAACAGUAUCACCUAUACCACAAAAUAUGUUCUGAAAUAUCAGCUAUCAAAGCAUAUACAUAGAUGGCACCAAUAUGCGGAUGUCAACUCUGGUGAAAAUAAUGUCUAAUAAUACUUUAACUCUUUUUUGCACAAAGAAGAGUUUCGGAAUUCUUCAGAGCAUAAGAGAAAAAAUAUUAUUAGACAUUUGAUACUCUUUUUUACUCUUUUAUUUCCGCCAGAAAACGAGACAAAAAUCCUUACUAAUUUAUAGAUAAAUCUAGUAAUAUCUCUGUUACCAAAAUUCAUGUUAGUUGCAUUAGAACUCAGUCGAGAUAACUGAAAGCAAUGGGCUGAGUCGAAAUUUCCUACAGGAAUAUUUCGGUGCCUACAACCGAGUUUUUCGUCUGGUUCCCGGGUAACAAAAAAUUAAGCUAUACUGACGGAGCUGUUUAUUCCGUGUAAUUAAUCUGAUAGGGGCGUGACGUGCAAAAGAUAAUGCAUCAUAUCGUGUGUGUUGGAUGAAGCGUUAAUUCAAUAAUCCGAUUCUGUAUGUUCAAACUUAUUGCUCGAUUGGAUUGAUCACUGACAUUAAUUAAUCAACACACGAUGCAUGAUCAGAUAUAAGUAUACGUCUUGAAUCUAUGCUUUUCCAAAAAUUUCGAUGUUACUGGCAGGUCCAGCUAAUAUUAAGUGUUGAUUGACAUAGGAGAGGAUGCUAGUCGUGUAACGCGUAAUUUUUGAAACGGAUGGUUACGACCGAAUUGUAGCAAAUCGAAGUGAAUCGAAUCAAGUUUUCAGAUAGUUGCUGUCAGUUUUUGGUUUUUGGUUUUCCAACGAACUGUUUUAUCGUGCCAGAGGCAACUGACACGAUAAAACAGAUCAUUUGAGUUCAAAAAUUGACGACAACUGUCUCAAAGGUUGUUCUGAUCCAAUUCGAUCUACCUUACUGAUUCAUAGACAACUGAUCAUUUGUGCCAUCCGUGAAUGCACCUUGUAAAUCGCUUGAUAACUUAUUUUGUUAAGCAGCUUUUCAUUGAGUUGCGCGGGAAUAUCGGUAGAUGUCUAGUGUCGGAGGCACAAAUGAUCGUCGUUAACUCGGACUCGGAAUUACUGUACAUCGUACCAGAUCGGAGUAAUUGUGUAGGUCUUAUGUCAUAAAUUCAUUCAAUUCUGCUACGUAUUACAUUAGGAGCCUAUUCGCAGCGAAAGGUUAAUCGGCCAAAUCAUUGGCGAUAACCAUUAACACUGUCGACAGCGACAUGGGAAUCAUACGCGGAUGUGCUCCAUUACCAUUAUUUCAAUAUUAAAGAACUUUGAAGAAUUUACACCUUAUAAAGAAAAAAGGAAAUACUUGUUUUUAAUUUUUGUGAAUCUCCAGGGGAAAAUUUGCACAGUAUGAAUGAUCUCAGUCUUAAUGUUUAUAGGAUUUAUCCUUGAGGAUUUAUCAGAUGGCACAAACUGGCUAAAAUGUACGUGAGUUCAGAGUAAACUUUACUCACGUUCAAAGCGAAAAUCAUUCAUGCUGUAUGAGUUUUCUUGAAGAUUUAAUUUAAUUUUCACAAUUUUCAAACACCAGAAAUUAGAGUGAAGAAAAGAGAAACGAAAAACAGCGGGUGUACGUAACAUGUACGUUUGUAACGUGUACGAAAAAUAAGAAACUUUCUCGCUCGUCGACGGUGUGUUAACAGCUGUUACUGUUAUAAUAUUGUAGAAAAAUUGUCCUACGAGAAUUGGGAUGUAUCAAUCGAUAUUGGAACACGGCCGAAACGCUAUUUCCACUUCGGCGAGAGACGUUUCCCCUUCUAGAUUUCCGCACAGCUUGCCUACGAUAAGGAAACUUCUACAACAUUGACGCGCGUCGUCGCGUCGAUCUCUUAUAGUCAAUACGAUGAUACAGAUCGAUAUGCGAAAGGCUGCUGACAUAUAAGUGCACGAGAUAAUAAAACGAGAAAAGUAUAAUUCGUUAUCGCUCUGAAAAAAAUGUUGAUGUAACUUCGAUGGCCUAAAGUUCAGUCUCUACUGAAAACAAAUACGCAUCUAUAUCUAACAGUCAUAACUGCGCGCCAUAAUUAACAUACUGAUGACAUAAAAUAAAUUUAUAAUAAAACCAA